AUGAGAUGUACUUAAGCUGAUCAUUUAAAUUAACAAAUAAUUGGAGUUUGCAUCGAUAGUUAAUGCCAAUAGCAAAGAACUUAUUGUAAUUUUUGCCUGGCUAGUCAUGGUCAACACUUGAACAAGUUAACAUUCAUUAGAACUUUUAGAUGAUUGGAUUCGUAAAAGAGUACUUAUUGCCCAGAAUGUUGAAUAAAAGGCAUAGGAGUGCAAAUUAGCCCUUGAUAGUCAACUAAAUAAAUUUAUUAAUUUAUACAAUAUUAAUUUGGUAUAGUUACCUAAAUUAGGACUUUCAUAGAUUGACUAAUUAAUUAAAGGUUUAAAUUUAAUUGAGUUAUGGGAGAAAACUUUACUUAACUAGUUCCUAUAAUCUAUCGAAUAAAUUAAAUAAAUAGUUAAAGAAAUUUUGGAAAACCAAAAAAAAUAAACAAAUUUGAACUAAACAGAUAAUUUAUAAAUAUUAAAACCUUUUGAGAUCAAAGAAUAGAUUUUUGAAUAAUAAAUAAAUCCAAAUCUCAUAAAACCAAAUCUAAGACCAUUCACUUUUGAAUUGAUGAAUUAAAAUACUAUAAAAUAAGAAGUUGGUUGUUAUGCAAUCGCGAUUAAUAAAGAUAACUCAAUUGUUUUAGCAGGGUGUGGCAUGUAAAUUAAAGUAUUUGAUCUCAAAUAAGGAAAAUUAAAUGAAUCAUAGCUUUAAGUUAUCAUUAACAAGAUGUUUUAACAUUAAACUUUAUGA